CCGCUACGACAUGGUUGAUAUAAUCCCUUGCGCUAGUCUACGGUGGUUUACUCCAAAACCGAGUGCUGAAACCACACGGCCGGCAGACACAUAAAUAUAGAGCUCGAGAGAUAGACGAGCGGUACAACCGUGCAAGCUACCAUAUAUAUAGACCAUCCUGAGAAGGGUUCCUGGCGAUCGGAGGCCAUGACGAAGAGCACUCUUUAUACGGCGCUCUUCUUGCUAGUUGCCCUGGCUGCUCGAGGGGCUUCUGCCGUCACCGAUGGGCUGUUACCCAACGGAAACUUCAAAAAUGGACCUGAGAAGUCACAGUUGACGAACGGCACGGUGGUGACAGGAAGCUACUCAGUACCAUACUGGGAGACUUCAGGGUUCAUCGAAUACAUCGAGUCGGGGCACAAGCAGGACGACAUGAUCCUGGCGGUGCCCGAGGGAGCCAACGCCCUGCGUCUGGGCAACGACGCCACCAUCCGGACGCAGUUCAAUGUCACCCGUCACAUGUACUACUCCAUCACCUUGAUCGCCGCUCGGUCGUGCGCCCAGGAAGAGAAGCUCAACGUGUCGGUCGCCCCCAACUCCGGCAUGCUUCCCAUCCAGACCGUGUACACCAACACCGGCUGGGACUCCUACUCCUGGGCCUUCAAGGCGAAGCAUAGCGAUGUGUGCCUGUCCAUCCACAACACCGGCAUCGAGGAGAACCCGGCGUGCGGCCCUCUCAUCAUCGCCGUUGCCAUCAAGGCCCUCUACCCUCCCCAUCAUAAUCAUUCCAGUGGCAACAUGCUGAGGAAUGGUGACUUCGAGGAGGGGCCGUACAUCUUCCCGGAAACGUCGUGGGGGGUGCUGGUGCCGCCGAACGUCGAGGACGAGCACUCGCCUCUUCCAGGGUGGAUGAUCAUGUCGGAAUCGAAGGUAGUCAAGUACAUCGACACGCCGCACCACGUCGUGCCGCGCGGCUCGCGCGCCGUGGAGCUGGUGGCCGGUCUGGAGUGCGCGCUGCUGCAGGAGGUGAGCACCGUGCCUGGGUGGUCGUACAGGCUCUCGUUCUCCGUCGGCGACGCGGGCAACGGGUGCAGCGGGUCGCUGGUCGUGGGCGCGUACGCGGGGCAGGAGACCCUGAAGGUGCCGUACGAGUCCCGGGGCACGGGCGGGUCCAAGCUCGCCGAGCUCCACUUCACCGCGAUCUCCAACCUCACGCGCGUGGUGUUCCACAGCUGGAACCACCACAUGACGUCCCAAGCCACGCUCUGCGGUCCGGUCGUCGACGACAUCUCGCUCGUCGCUGUGCACGCGCACGCUGCUCGCCGGCUGCUUCUGUAGCCAGCCCACGUUUAAUACCGCUUUAUGUGGACUUGGUUUGAGCGUGCAUGGAGUGUGUGGUUGUUUUGUAUGUGCGGAAUGUUAUUUUUUAAACUGGCCAGCAUUGCUGGUUUUUCAUUCAAUUAGGAGAGAGAGUGACAAAGAGUUUGAUGAAGCGAUCCAUGAAUGACAGAAGUUGGAAACAGCAAAAAAAAGAAAGAAAAAACAAUUGCCACAUGCGAACUUCUCACGGCACGUU